UUUUAAGUGUCAGUUGAACAAAACGCGAGCUCGACAACGGAAUCGUUUAAAAAAAGAAAAUCUUGCGCGCAUGCCACGAAGUUUAUCCGGCAACUUCGUUUCGAAACAAAAAAGUCUUUAUAAAUGCACGUUUUAAAUUGUAACGAAAACGCAACAUGCCGACUGCUAUCGAAAUGAACAACAAUUCCGAUCAUAUCUCUUCGAUUUAUCGAGCCAGAAGCGAUUCGAGAACUUCUUCCGUAUCGAGCGCUUCAAGCAAUGACACAAGUGAAGAAUUAUUGCCGUUAGAAGAACGAUCUCAAGAUGGUUUAAAAGAAAAUGGAAAAGAGAUAGCCGAUAAAAGAAGAUUUCGCUCUAUGUCUGACGGAUCACCGACAAUCGCCGGUCAAGAUGAACCUUUCGAAAUCUUUCCAAGUCUUCCAGAUCCCGUUUUAGAAAAGAUGGGGCUCUUGGGAGAUAGCCCAAAGGAAAGAUUGAACGAAGAAGAACUAGAACAAAAAUUUGUAGCUUUAGCUUUAGCGUUUCGGAUAGAUUCCGCGACGAUUCAAGACCGUUGUUUAAGGCAGAAAAGAUAUCGCGAUCAAACCGAAAAAAAUCUUUUAGUAGAAAUCGAUCGAUUAGUUGAUAGGGCCUAUAAAUUACAACAAUUGUGCGUCGACGCCGAAACCACCGAAUUAUUAACCGACCUUUUAGGACAAGUGGAUGUUGUUAUGAAAGCAGCUUCGCAUGCCACGAUUUCCGCGGAACGAUUCGGGGCCGUUCAACACGAAGAUAGAUUAGCACAAAGCGUUCAAUUGAUGAUCAAUCACGUCACCUUGUUAAAACAACAAAGAGAUUCAGCCAGAAAACAUUUACAAUACACAAAAAAAGUUCUUCAAAAUACCCCUCAUAAUUUGGAUGAAUCACAAAAAUCUAAAUCACCACAAGGAACACCUUUACUAAGUAAACGAAGAGCAAGUAUAGCAACAAUCACCCAAAAAGGUGGAAGUUUUGAUUCAAAAAUGCGAACGAGAAGGCCGUCUGAAAUGGCGUUUCGAACUUCGGCUUUACCGAGAAUUAGUCGACCUUCAAGAUUAGAACUUGGUGUUGAUCUCGUUAAAAUUAAAGAGGGAACGACUGAAGGACUAGAAAUCGUUCAAAACGAAGAACGCAAAGAGGAAAUUAUUAAAGAACCCGAAUUAUUACCAAAUGAUGAUAUUGAAUCUAGUCAAAUUGAACAAAAUUACUCAGAAUUAACGCCUAGGGAAAAAGUUGUUUGUUAUGUUAAAAAAUUUAACGAGAUUUCUACGAUUAAAUACAAAAAUUGGACGGAAAACGGGUCAAUUACGGAAAUAUUAAUCGUAGCGACGUUUAUUUGUUUUACUUUAGGUUUUAUUAGCUUAGGAAACGUUUUAAUUGAGCUCGAAUAUGCAAAAUAUAGCUUAAAUAAUCAAGAAUACUCGAUUAUUAUUUUCUUUAAAAACUUAAUUGGUUAUUUUAGCAAAUUAUUUGAUUCUAGGUCUGUAGUUACUUAACUUAAAUUGUAUUUUUAUUAUAAAUAUUAAUUAAAUAAAAUUGGCUGUUAACAA